UUCUAUAUUCCCCUGCUUGUAGCAGGGAGAAAUAUAAUUCUAAGUUAUAAUUCAAAGUUAUUUUCUUAAUUCCCUUUCUCCCAUAGAUAAUGGAGCUCAACCCUGAAAACUCUGUGAUCAUUAGCAAUGACCAGAAAGCAAUUACCGCACAUGAAUCACCUAAGAAAACAGAUACUCAUUCUUCCAGCAAGAAGACAAAGAGGUCCAAGAACAUUUUUAAGGUGGCGCUGUUCAUGAUGCGAUCAGGGCGUUCCAGAAAACCGAAAAUCAUUGUGGAUGAGGAGUCCAAGAGCGUGUGGACGAAGAUCGUGGGGUCCAUCAGACCUCUGCACAUGCCAACCGACAAAUCUACACCGCAUGAUGAUAACAGUGAAAGCACUCCUCAAUCUAAAACAACGAUCUCCUCAACGCCGUUUGCGAAUUGCAUUGAUCACGGAGAUGAUGCGUUUGAUUCUGCUUCGGCGUUUACACGCUCAUCGUCUCGGUGUAGCAGCCGUUACGCCUCGGCCGUGGGACUGAACGAAAUGGUGCAGGAGGCGGAGAAUGAGAAAGAUGGAGAGAAGGAGAAUAAUAAUAAUAAUGAUGAUGAUAACAAAGGUGAAGAAGAAGGUGUGAAGGAGAAGAAUAUUAAUGGUGAUAGCAAUGAUGCAGAAGGGGAUGAGAUGAUUGAUGCAAAGGCGGAAGAGUUCAUUGCUCAGUUUUACUACCAAAUGAGGUUGCAACACUUAGAUGUUGUUGAUAGUGAUUAUCAAGAGAUUAGCAUGAGAUCACUAGGGUUAUGAGCCACUUCAACCCUAUGCAUCCAUGGAAUAUUCAACCAGAAUUUCCAUUUUUUUGGUAGAAAUAUGGGGUUAAUUAUAAAAAUUACUCUUCUCAAAAUCUUGAAGAAGUAUUGGUAUGAUUUAAAAAAGUACAUCGUACUUUUGAAUAAUCAUUAUUAAUCCUUGAAGGGGAGGUUGGAAGAGAUGACUUUUCAGUUGGCUAUAAAGGAUAUUUGAAGGAGACAAGUGAUUGCAUGUGGCUUUUGCUGAGAAUGCCUUGCAUCGUUUUACAGUGAAAGAUCGUCCAAUAGUUAGCAUUUUAUACAAUCAUAUUACAGGGUUAGUUAUUUGUUACUGACCUAUAUGCUAAUGUUUAAGAGGUUCAAGUAAGUUGAACUUUGUAUUUGCAAUCCGCUCUUUUCUAUUUGAGUGUGUGAUGAAUUGUUAUACUUAGAUUUUUAUAUAUGUUCAUCAAGAAUUGAUUAA